UGGCACAUGGCAGAGUGUGGCGAUGGAGACAGCAGCAAUGGGAGGCCGUACAGGGACCCAUGACACACUCUGGACCUGGCAGCAGCAUGAGGAGGCGGUACGGGGGCCCAUGGCAGAUUAUGGGCCUGGCAGCAGCAAUGGGAGGCCCGUAAUCUGCCAGCACCCUAUGACAAAAUGGAACCCACCAGCAGUGUGAGGAGACCUGAAAGUGGCACAUGGCAGAGUGUGGCGAUGGAGACAGCAGCAAUGGGAGGCCGUACAGGGACCCAUGACACACUCUGGACCUGGCAGCAGCAUGA